GACGCUCACAAUCUUGAUGGAGCCGCGUCUUUCGAUCAAGAUGAUACCGUAGAGCCAGACGAAGCAAGUCUAACAGAUGGGUCUCGUUUUCCAGACACCGGAGACAGCAAGGAUUUUCCCUUUCCAGAUAUAGUCCACCCAUUUCUUACCACUAGCUCGAUGGGCGGCCUCCGUAGCGAAAUGAGGAGUGACAGGCCGCUGAUUCAUGAGGAAGCAGAGCCGCAGAAUAUUGGUAGAAUUACCCAGAAGCCGGCAUCCAAGUCAGGAGGUGCACUAAGAUGCACGGGAAAGGUAUCAGAUCUUCGCAGAUUAUUUGAGAAAACUUCAAGUCGAUGCGCAUCACCGAACCCUUUCAAGUCACUUUGGCAAAAUAGAUCUCGGAAUAAGCCAAAGGUGGAAACGGAGGAGACUCUCAUUACGAGAUACGACGAAGCCGGAUCGUCGUCCACAUCGGCAACGCACGUUUCUCCGCCGAAGAGGAUAUCGCUCCCUGAGUUAACCACAUCAAUAUCAAUUAACGAUUUUUCCUGUGAUUUCGCGGUCCCGGAGGCGCUAGGUAACGCAAGCUCGAUAAAACACAAAGCACGCUUCGACAUCGAGUUAGAUGAGAACAUGUCAGCCGAACAGGAGUCACCUGUCAAAGGCCGCAUCCAACAGUUCGAACAUCUAGAACGCGGCUCUCCAACCUCUAGUCCAGCUUCAAUCUACCGAGGCAAGCCGUACAACGCCGACGUGGGUUCUUCCCCCAGAGGAAAAGAGAACGAAGCCAAACAUAUGAAGAAUCGGACUAGCUGGCGCCCGUUCAGGCAACGAAGCGUCGAACUAUGGCGACGAAUAUCCAAUUCCUUUGUUCGAUCGUUCGAAGAGCAGGCCGGUCCAAGCAAUCACACUCAUCUCGACGGUACUUGGUCAGGCUCACUACCUCGCCGGCCGCGAUAUCGUCGCUCAGAUAUCUUUAGCUACCACUUAUACCGUUCGUCCGAAGUCGCCCAUUCUCCUACCACGUCGCAUAGCAGAUCGAGUGUCAAUACCGACGAUGACUUAGUUGCACGGGUCGAAAAUCUGUCACCCCAUCGAACAUAUAAGCGAUCAUCAUCCCGCGACAUAUCGAUCAGCAAGACGUUCCCAUUCUUAGCUCGCAUAUCGGACAGCUUAGGGGGCUCGGAUGAAUUUGGCGACUUUGGAUUCGACGGUUCCAUAUUAUCCAAAGCGACACGAUCUCGAACCAAGUUGCCAACCGGGAAAACCCCUCGGUCUUCGUCUUCGCCCAAUCCCCGCGGCGACCCGACUACUCUGUCCAAAGUAGUAUCGCAGCAAACGGUGGCGGAACGCAAGCGUCGUCGGCUAGAAGAAAAGCAGGUCCGCCAGGAACUGAGACACAAGAAGAGAGAAGAGAAAGCAAAGGCCAAAGGCAAAGAAAAGGCGACGGGAGAGAAACGUAGCGAGGACGACGGGGAGGAAACAGCGGCUACACUGGAUAAGGGGAAGGGAAAGGAAGUCGAGGGAAAGAAAAGGGAAAGCAGUUGGACCAAGAAGACAGCUUCGGGAUUCGUCGUGCGCCAAAUCAACGACGUCAAGCUUCGACAUCCGAAGCCGAGACGACCGGGCCAGGUCAAGAAACUUGUCAAUAUGUAUAAGGAAAAGGCGAGCAGCGGAAUCAAGCUGGGCAAGGGUAGUGGUGCAAGCUCCGGGUCUGGCGCCGGUACCGCUGGUCCGGCUCAUCACUGAAGCAUUGCCAUGGAUACGGUUCGGGAGGGGACGGACGUUAGGUUGACUACUAGACACGUUACGGCUACAAGGUCUAUCGUAAAAUUGGGCGAUGAGUUAGACGGCUGCAGAUGCCACGGACAAUAGACGUGGCU